AUGGGUUUCUUAUUACCUCUUUCUGUUCCUAAACUCAAGUGUCUUUCUAGACAACACUCAGAUGCUAUUGAACAAGCUGUUCAGUUGGCUAUUGAACACAAGAGUCAUCUAGUGAUCUCUAUUGAAUCAGAAGAGAUAAAAGCACAUAAAGACUGUAUGGAUGCUAUUUGGAAUACAGUACAGGCAUUUCUAGGCACUAUUUAUGUGAUUCAAUUACAAGUAGCUUAUGUCAAGCAGCAUCCUUUGUUUGAUUGUCAUGUUGUAUUUCAAGAUAUAUGUGGCUAUUCUGUAGAUUCAGAACCUGAUAUAGAUACUGUCUGUAUUUUAGAUACAGAUCCUAUUGAACCCCUUGUGUUCCAACGUGUUGCUGUAGGCGGCACCUUUGAUCAUUUACAUGCAGGUCAUAAAAUACUCUUGACCAUGACUGCACUACUGACUCAGUCCAGUAUGGUCGUGGGUGUCACAGACGACUGUAUGUUGACCAAAAAGAAACACAAGGAAUGGAUUGCUUCCACUUCUGAACGUCUUUUGGCUGUCAAGAAAUACAUGCAAUCCGUAAGACGUGAUAUUCAAUACGAUAUUGUGCCCAUCACAGAUCCAUUUGGACCCACUGUCACAGACCCUACGAUUGAUGCACUGGUAGUAUCCAAAGAGACAUUAAAAGGAGGCGAUUUAGUCAAUAAUGAAAGAGAUAUGCGUGGUUAUCCUCCUUUGGAAUUACGCAUGAUUGAUGUGAUUUCAUCCAACAAUGCUUCUGUUGAAGGACAAGAGAUGGAUGUACUCAAAAUUAGUUCAAGUUGGAUUAGAGAAUACAUUGCCAAUCAUCAAUAA